AUGUUCUCCGUCGCCGGGCCUGUAUCCAUCUUCAGCGAGCGGAACUCGUGGGAUUUCAGGCCUGCGGUCCCAUCGCCUCUCUCAUCGUCGCCCGCCCGCGCGCCGUCGCCCCUGUCGCCCAUCGACGACAACACCGUCCGGUUCACGCAGUCUUCACCUAUUCCUCAGCCCAAAUUCAAGUACGCGUCACGGCCUGCGAGGCCAAACCCAGUUGUCCGCAAGCGCGAAGAGGCGCAGGAGAGCAGGAGGAAGCUAUUUCUCCAGAACGUGCGGCAGCGUGCGACUGACCGGUCCUACGACCGGCGAGAUGUGGAGGGAACUCUUCUCAAGUCGGACUGGGACCGUGACAUGCGACAACGGUACUACGCCAAGCAGUUGGAGGGAGACGCCUUGUUCUCCGAAGCAGACAUCGAGGACGCGGCGGCCAUUGCACAAGCGCGCCCACAACAGAUAUCCCGUGACGCCGACGAUAUCAUGCUCGACGCCAUGGCGCAGGAAGAACAGGAAGAGCUUGACGCGUUGUUAUUGUCCUAUGAUCAAUCUUCUGAACCACGAUAUUCAGCACAAUCGUCGCAAUCCACGCAUACCGACGCCUCCAGUCUCUCGGACGACGAGGAUUAUGAUGCGUUGUUCAUGAAUCUGUUGUCACAGGAAGGCGGUGAUGUGGAUGCCUCUUCACAACAGAUGGACAUGUCUUGA